AUGUACAUCACCCUCUACUACAUAGUCACCCGGCUCCUUGACUCUCUUCGCGUAGUCAGGGACCACUUCCUCUCAGUUUGCCCCACCACUCUCAACGUUGACCUCCUCGAGAAGGGCCUCCUAGCAACAGAGAAGAGCAUCGUCGCUGUAGGAGCCUCUCGUGGUGACCCUCGCACCCCCGUCUUUGAGGGGUGUUCUCCCUCCCCCCUCUUGACCUCUGUUGCUUCUGCUGCUGCGGCCGACCUCGUUGGUUUCGAGUCGGUCGCCGCUGCGUCUGCCCCUAGCGGGAGACACCGCACCGGCAAGGGCAAGGGGGGCAAGGGCGCAGGAGGGGCUGGCGGGGGCGGUGGAGGUGGUGGUGGAGGCAGUGGAGGGGGUGGGGGUGGUGGUGGAAGUGGUGGCGGGGGUGGCGGCGGCGGCGGCAGCAGUGGAGGCCCGGAGGAGGCGGCGGUGGUGGCGGAGGGAGCGGAGGCGGCGGAGGUGGCGGAGGAGGAAGAGGUGGAGGAGGCGGCGGAGGCGGCGGCGGCGGCGGUGGUGGAGCGGAUCGCGACUCUGCGCAGAGGAGUGGCUCAGCCCGGUGGGGGUUUUGGUCCCUGCUCUUAUGUUCUCCGUACCGGCGACUGCACUGGUGAGCAGUGCGGGGGUCCGCACUCCACCCAGCGCUGCAUCGGUCGCCUGACGGAUGCGUGGCGUUGCCAAUUCCUUGAGACGUCAGAGAUCCCUCGCUGGGGAGAUCUGUCUAGGUCGGGGAUUGCCAUCUUUGAUCUUGACUGUGAUGCUAUCCUUGCUGCCAUGUAUUCUGUGACUACUAGUGUUGAGGGUGACUGUUACCUGUGUGUACCGCCUGAUCCGGGCAUUGAGGCCACUGCUCUAGGUGCUGGUGAGGCUGCUGCUCUAGGUGCUAGUGCGUCUGCUAGCCCAGGUGCUAGUGCGUCUGCUGCCCUAGGUGCUGGUGAGUCUGCUCUCUCAGGUACUACACCGCACCACUCUUACGCCGCUCAGUCAGCCGGUUGCAGUCUCCCUGGCGGACCCCUCUGGGGGUCCUGA